CUUCCGUGAUAUUAAUUGUGACUUAAGUAGGCUAGUAUAAAUAACAUCACACCAAUCUUUAUGUCAAUUAGUACUAGUAGCAUCAAGCAUCGACCAAAAGAGAAGCUAAUAACAAUAUGGCGGCUUUGAGGAUGACUAUCUCUUGUGUCAUGUUCCUUCAAUUACUAUCGUGCUUGCUCUCUUCAUUUGCUCCAACCAAUGUGCAAGGAUUGAAAGUUGGGUUCUACGACAAGGCAUGCCCAAAAGCUGAGCUUAUUGUCAAGAAGGUUGUCUUCGAGGCAAUGAAGAAGGACCCGACACUUGGAGCUCCUUUGCUAAGAAUGUUUUUCCAUGAUUGCUUCGUUCGGGGAUGUGAAGGGUCAGUCUUGCUAGAGCUAAAGAACAAACAAGAUGAGAAAAACUCAAUCCCUAACCUCACCCUUAGAGGGUUUGAGAUCAUAGACAAUGCAAAGGCAGCUCUAGAAAAGGAGUGUCCGGGCAUUGUUUCUUGCUCUGAUGUGUUGGCUAUUGUCGCUAGGGAUGCAAUGGUUGCGCUCAAUGGACCGUCAUGGGAGGUUGAAACAGGAAGAAGAGACGGUAUAGUUACAAACAUCAGUGAGGCCCUAUUAAACCUACCAUCACCAUUUGCUAAUAUCAGUAGCCUUAUCACUCAAUUCCAAUCCAAAGGCCUGGACAAGAAAGACCUCGUUGUGCUUUCAGGUGGACACACAAUAGGUAACGGACACUGCCCUCAAAUCACAAACCGGCUCUACAAUUUCACCGGGAAAGGAGAUAGUGAUCCAAACUUAGACACGAAAUACGCAGCCGCCCUUAGAAAAAAAUGCAAGCCAACUGAUACCACGACGGCUUUAGAAAUGGAUCCAGGAAGCUUUAAAACGUUUGACGGGAGCUACUUCAAGCUUGUGUCUCAAAGAAGAGGGUUGUUUCAAUCUGAUGCAGCUCUUUUAGACAAUCAAGAAACUAAGUCUUAUCUUCUCAAGCAAAUGAAUAGUGACGGGUACUCUACUUUCUUUGAAGACUUUGGUGUUUCUAUGGUAAAGAUGGGUCGGAUUGGGGUCUUAACAGGUGAAGUUGGACAAGUUCGCAAGAAAUGCAGAAUGGUUAACUAAUUAAGUAUAGUAAUAUGCAUGUGAGAUUGUGUUAUGACUAUCAUAUUACGUUUGUGUGUGUGUGUGUUUUUUUUCCUAAGGAAUAAUGUGUGUAAUAUAAUCAUGUGUAUUGUACAUUUGUACAAUAUAAUGGAAGGUUAAAUUGUAAAAUCCGACUAUGCCAAGUUUUUCUUUCAAAUUGAUUACAUCUUUGUACU